AUGGCCUUCGAAGCGCUGAUUGUGUCGUUGUUCCUAAUAACAAACCACAGUCGACAAAGAUCUCCACGCCUUCCUUCCAACAAACAUCCAUACACUUCAGCACAAGCUGUUGUGGAACUAUUUUCUCUGUCUGUCCAGGGCCCUAUCGCCGCUCUUCCCGUCAUCUUCCGCACCACGCCACAACAAAAGUGCUUCCAGUGCCUCACAGACCCCGUGACAGGAGCCAAGGCGUACCCAGCAGAGUUAGCUCCCCUGCAGUGUACUCGAGCUGAGAUCCGCCAGUUUGCUACAGAAGCCCGGGAGUUGGGUGUACAGUACAUCGGUCUGUGUUGUGGCAGCGCUUCCUACUAUCUGAGGGAGGUCGCCAUUGCCUACGGUCGUAACCCACCUUCUGCCAAAUUUGAGCCUGAUCUCUCCAUGAGUAUAGUAACAGGAAGCGUUCAGCUAUUUGAAAGAGGAGAUCGAGCAAGAAAAGUACGAGCCUUCAUGCUCGGAGAUAUUCAGUGAUGUGAACUCUGAAAUGGAAAUUCAGGGUUUGGAAGCAUGUUAUCAAAGAAAGGGUAUAAUAAAGAACACAUCAAACUUC